AUGCGCUCCACCGAUGAAAACUUCAAAGAGUUGUGCUAUUGGUGCAGGAUAGGUGAUGUUGAGAAUGUUGACAGAUUGAUCUCCAAAGGUGUUAACUUGAAUGAUAUCGAUGACUUUAAUAAUUCCCCGCUAUUUCUUGCCAGCCUAUGCGGACAUGAGGACCUUGUCAAUUUGCUUCUCAAACGGGGCGCAAUUUGCGAUAGAGAUAGACAUGAAGGCGCACGUUGUAUAUAUGGUGCUUUGACUGAUUCCAUUAGGAACAUUCUCUUAAAAUACGACAUUUCGAAAGCUGUUGAUUUGAAGCAGCCUUUCGCCGCACACCUAUCCUCGCAGCUCACAGACCGCUCGAUCGAUAGUCAUGAUAUUUUAUUGCAGGACCGAGCUGGGCACAAAGUCAAAUUACACAGAUUCCUUCUGCUUGCUAGAAGUUCCUACUUUGCAGAUCAACUUCAGUCCAUGGGCCAGGACAACGCGGUCUUGAAUCUGCCUAAAGACGUUCCGGACAUAAGUUUGGACAUUAUAUCCAAAUAUCUGUAUCUCGUCCCACUUCUGCAUGGAAUAUCCCGCCAAGAAUCUCUUGCGAUAGGAAGUUUUUGCAAGGUCCUCGGAUUUUACAGACUUGCGGAGUUCUUGGAAAAAGUCAGUAGCCUGCAUGAUCAAGUUGACAUAUCAAGAUUGAUGACUGAAUACCAGCACCACUUUACAGAGGAAGCAAGAAAACAAAUGCAGUUAUUUGCUACAACAAUAGUACAAGAAAAGCGGCACGUAAAUGUCACAGACGGAAUAGCAUCAGACAUUCUAAGCAGCAUGAAGCUUGGUCCCACCAUGCCCGAUGUUUUCCUCUUUGUUAGGCAAAAGCAAAAUUCCGAGCAAGGAUUUUUAUAUCCGUGCCACAGGUCGAUUUUAAUGCGAUCAGAAUAUUUCAGAGUUAUGUUCACUUCUUCCUUUGACGAGACGACUAUUUAUCGUCAAACUCAAGAAGGUAUUGUCGACCGGACAGUAAUUUUUCCCGUGGUUUCUUUUCCAAUUUGUGAUUUUGAAACAGCUGAGUUGAUACUGUCAUACCUUUAUUAUGAUCACACGGAGAUCCCUUGGCAAAUCGCUAUUAAUGUACUUCGUGCAGCAGACGCUCUUCUAAUCGAAAGGCUGAAAACCAUGGCCGCCGUUGCGAUAACUCAAUCACCCGAAUUUCUUCAAAUGCAUACCGUGUUCGAAGUCCUUGACGUCGCAUGGGAGUUUCGUGUUGAGAGGUUAGAACAUCAUGUCGCAAAGACAAUUGCAAGUGACAUCUCAAAUUAUGUGGCACAGCCCCUAUUGAGAGAAGCUAUUCUUCGAAGUUCCGCCAUGUUGCAGAAAAGAGAAGAAACUGAUACUAUCGAACUAGUUGAUGACAUACGAUACUACCUUCUAAAAAAGUACAACAUCGAUGUUGAAGACUUGGACGACAUGGGUUGGGAUGAUAGUGGUGAAGAUAAAUCAUUGAUACGCAAAGAAAUCUCAAUGUAUAGAAGUGACUUUCAAGUACUCGAAGACUUACUGCUGGACAUGAAUGUCAACGUCUAA